AGUUAACAAUGGCAGAAGAUGAUCAAAAUUAAGUUAUUUAAUUUGAAGAUGAAGACUAAAACUAAUAGGUUUGCAAUAUAAUUAUUUUAUUUAGGAUGUUGGUUAACAAAAAUCCCCAAAUUAGUAAAAUGAUGAAUAAGUUGAUUAAUACAAUUAAAACUAUAAUCAACAAUAAGAACCUGAUCCUAAUGAACUUAAACCCCUUGAAACUGAAAAAUAACCCAUUUAACUUGCUUCUGAACCUGAUGAAGGCUUUUUAAAUAGAAUUAAAGGAUGUUCUUGUCGAAGAUAGGCUGAUGAAAAAACAGAAGACAAUAAAGAAGGAUGGCUUUCAAAGCUAGAUAAAUUUAUUAAAAAAUACUUCACUCCUACCUAUUUGCUUUUAGUUUACUAUUCUGUCUUUUCUACAGCAUUAUUAUUUUCACUUAAGUUGAUUAUUUGGGAUUCAGAUUUUUAUCAUGCUGAAAUUUUAGGGGUAUUUUCAAAUCAAAUAUAUAUCAUUAGGGUUUAUUUUUGUUUGCUCAAUUAUUAAAAGGUUUACUUAUUUAUUUUUUAAAUGAUGAAUGGCUUGAUGAAUUACCUUAUUUGGAUAGUUCAUUUGAAAAUGGAUGGAGAUCUUUUAAAAUAACAUUCUUUAUAUUAACUAACUUAGAUAUAUGCUAUUGGAUCUAUUACAUAUAUGUAUAAAAUAAAAAAGAUGGGACUAUUGAACAUAUGAUGACAUUGUGUAGAAUGAUUGAUGCCUUCUUCUUUAAUUUCCCGCUCAUGUUAGUGUUUUUUUAUCUUUAAAUGCAAGAUUUAUAAAAUCUACAAAUAACCUAUUUAGUUAUUGCAAGUCUAAAUUUACUCUCUAUAGUUAAUGGAUUUAUGCAUUUAAAUUUUUUUGCUGGAAGUUCCUUUUUGAGUAUUAGAUGGAGUUUUUAAUUUAUAUGUGAAUUAUAUCUUAAGCUCCUCUUAGUUGAGUCAGUCUUUUUUUAAUUAUAGGAAUUUAAUAUUGAAUAUGAAUACUUUGGGCUAUUUUGCCUUUGUGGCCUCAUCUAAUUUUAUUUAUUCUCAGAAGAUUAAGAUUUUACUGGAUAAUUUUUAUCAGUUAUUUAUUUUUAAUUGAAAACAUUUUUUGUUUUAAUUUUCAAAGAAGAAAGCUUUGGAAUGUCAGAUUUAGACUGUGAUGCAUAACCUGGAAUAUUAAAUGUUGUUGUUCACAAGUCCACGUAUUAUUUCAAGUUUUAUUUAGUUACUCUUACAUAUAAAAAGCUUUUAAUUUCUUUUCAAUGAUGUCUCUUGCAUUUAUAUUCUGGCUUUUUGGCGGAUGGGACUCUAUAAUAUCAAACUAAAUCCUAUUUUAUAUGUAUCUAGUAGGUUUUGGAUGUUUUUGUAUUAUUAUGCUGAAUUUGUUUUACAUCGUUCUAAGUGGAUGGAAGAAAAACAUGGUCAAGCCUUCUUGA